AUUGACUACUUGCUUAACACAUUUAUCAAAUUUGCAGAAAACAAUGUCAGGAGAGGAAAUUUGGUCAUCCUGUGAAGAAGAAUCUAGUCAAAAUCUUCCUCCAUUUGAUAACAGCAGUGGCUACAAUUCAAGAACAGGCAUUUAUCACCCUCUUGUUAAGCUUGGCAAAAGACAUGAAAUCCCAACAAAGCCUGACCUUAACACUGCCCAUCUUGUGCUGUCACAGUUCCCACCAGCAGACCUUGCUGAUGCAAGAAUUGCAUACAUUGAUUCAGGUACUAAUCGUAGUAUAAGCUAUGGAGAGGUUCGCAGGUCUGUUUACUCCCUUGGAUCAGCUUUGUUCCAUGGACUUGGGGUAAGUAAAGGUGAUGUGGUGUUUGUAUUGUCCCCAAACUCAAUAAUGUACUCAACCAUAUGCUUAUCAGUGUUAUCAGUUGGAGCAAUUCUGACAACUGCAAACCCCCUCAAUACUGAGUCAGAAAUUGCCAAGCAAGUACGUGAUUCAGGUGCUAAACUAGCAAUUUCAGCACCAGAAGAGCUACACAAAUUGGUCCCUACUGGGGUUCCUACAAUUCUCACAUCUUAUCCCUCUGACAGGAAAAUGUUAUCAGUUGAAGAAUUAAUAGAAGGAUGCUAUAAUUCACUAGAGUUGCCACAAGUUUCUGUGGCUCAAUCAGAUACUGCUGCUAUACUUUACUCUUCAGGGACUACAGGUGUAAGCAAAGGUGUAGUUUUGACACAUGCAAAUCUCAUUUCCAUAAUGAGACUACUACUCUGGUCUGCUGAUGUAACUGGAUCCGUUGAUGAUGUUUUCUUGGCCUUCAUUCCAAUGUUUCAUGUUUAUGGACUGAUGUUCUUUGGAUUUGGGUUGUUGUGUGUUGGUAUUACAACAAUUUUGAUGCAGAAGUUUGACUUCCAAGCUAUGCUUGUUGCUAUCCAGAAGUACGAAGUUAAUAACUUACCAGCAGUGCCAACAGUGAUCCUUACACUAGUAAAACAUGCAAGAAAAGCUGGGAGUGACUUAUCCAGCCUCAGAAGGGUGGGCUCAGGGGCUGCACCUUUGAGUAAGGAAGUGAUUCAGGAGUUUAGAAAGAUAUUUCCUUGGGUUGAACUAAGGACAGGUUAUGGGCUAACAGAAAGUUCUGGUGCAGCAACAUUUUUUGUGUCAGAUAAAGAUGCUAAAGCUCACCCAGACGCAUGUGGGAAGCUGCUUCCAACUUUUUGUGCAAAAGUGAUAGACAUUGAAACUGGGAAGCCUUUGCCUCCUCACAAGGAAGGAGAGUUAUGGCUGAAUGGUCCUUGUAUUAUGAAAGGAUAUCUAGGAAAUUUGGAGGCAACAACUUCAACACUUGAUUCGGAAGGUUGGUUGAGGACAGGUGAUCUUGGUUAUAUUGACGAGAAUGGAUUUGUUUGUGUAGUUGAAAGAAUAAAGGAGCUAAUCAAGCACAAUGGGUAUCAGGUGGCUCCAGCAGAACUGGAAUCUGUGCUGCUAAGUCAUCCCCUUAUUGUUGAUGCAGCAGUUAUACCGGUUGAAGAUGAAGAAACUGGACAGAUACCAAUGGCAUAUGUGGUGAGAGCAGUUGGUUCUGAACUCUCAGAAGACCAAGUCAUUCAAUUUGUCGCAGGCCAGGUGGCCCCAUAUAAGAAAGUGAGAAGGGUGAGUUUCAUUGACACUAUUCCAAAGUCAGCUGCUGGCAAGAUAUUGCGCAAGGAUCUUGUUUCUCAAAGCAAAUAUCAACUUGUCUCCAAGUUAUGA